GAACGCGCACCUGGUGACGUUCCCAGACAUCGAUUGGCGAUCCUUCGCCAACGACUUCUGCAGCAAGAGCCUAGGUCUCUCGCGGCAGCAGUACACCACCCAGAUCGAGCACUAUGACAACAUGGGCGCGAUCUUUGAUGGCAUCAAGCGACUGAACACCAUCCUCACCGACAUGUGCCGAGACGUGUGGAUGUACGUCUCCAUGGAGUACUUCAAGCAGAAGAUCGUGGCCGGUGAGGUCGGUUCCAGCGCGAUGCCGCAUAAGGUCAACCCCAUCGAUUUCGAGAAUGCCGAGGGAAACCUGGGAUUUGCAAAC